UCUUGGCUUGUUUUAUCAUCUGUGGUUCAGGUUGCGUCUAUCUAAUGUGUAACAUAUAUUGUAAAAUAUGUUUUUUGUGCAAAAUGUUAAUCUAAUAAGUAGUUAAAAUGAUUUUGUUAAAAUUACUUUGUUAGGGCUAUAUUUCGACUAGCCCUAACAAAGUUAAUGCCCUGAGAGGUGAAGAACUCGGGACGACAAGCAAAGACGAUCCGUCUGACGAGGGCGGAACCCCAGAGUGUUCGUGUAUGAGGAGAGACUGGACUGGUGAACACUGUUCCCCCCGUGACUAAUUAAGAUGAGCGGACCCCUUGGCCGGAAGGACGUACUGAAAGAAGAAACGGAGGAAAAUACUGUUACAGUGAAAGAAGAAAUAAUCGAAACGUUUGGAAUAAAAGAGGAGGAAGAGGAGAGAUGUGUCACAUUGUCGAAAGAAGACGUUACAGUAGAGGGUGCUGCUUUUGUGGUGAAGAAAGAGGAGGCGGCGAUGACCGUCACCGUCAAACAAGAAGAAAAAUAUGCUUUAACGGUGAAAGAAGAGGAGGCUGUUUCAGCGAAGGAAGAUUACAAUUUUGGAAUGAAAGAUGAGAUCAAGGAAGAUGAUGAUGAGAUUCUCUCAAUAAAAGAAGUUGAUGAAGAGGAUAUUGGGGAUUUGGUCAGCUCCAACAGUGCAAAUGACUCGUCCCAGAUCUUUUCGUGUCUCAGCUGUCCGUUGUCCUUCACCUUCCAAGUCUACCUUCACAAGCACAUAAAGCGAUCCCACCAUGAAGACUACAUUAGACUAUUGAGGAGUGGAGAGACUCGAUCAGAGGGUCUCAUGUCCCCCAGCAGCUCACUAAAACAACUAACCAUCUCUGGUUCCUCCAUCCCGCCUGCUAACCGGAAACAGAGACGGACGAACAAGCCAAGACCUCACCACUGCUCCCAGUGUGGGAAGGGUUUCACUACCGGGCAGAAUCUCAACAGGCACCAGCUAACUCACACAGGAGAGAAGCAGUACCAAUGUUCUCAAUGUGGGAAGUGCUUCAGUCAAGAGGGUAAUCUCAGAACACAUCAGCAUUCUCACACAGGAGAGAAGUCAUUCCACUGCUCCCAAUGUGGGAAGAAAUUCACUACAGGGCAGAGUCUCAGCAGGCAUAAGCUCACUCACACAGGAGAGAAGCGAUACCACUGUUCUCAGUGUGGGAAGAGCUUCAGCCAAGAAGGUAAUCUUAGGAAACACCAGCUUGUUCACACAGGAGAGAAGUCUUUCUGCUGCUCCCAGUGUGGAAAGUGUUUCACAGCGGGACAGAGUCUCAGCAGACACAAGCUUAUUCACACAGGAGUGAAGCAGUACCACUGCACUCAGUGUGGGAAGAGCUUCUGUCAAGAGGGUAAUCUCAGAAAACACCAGCGCAUUCACACAGGAGAGAAGCCAUUCCACUGCUCCCAGUGUAACAAAAGCUUCAAUCAAGGGAGUAAUCUCAGAACACACCAGCGCAUUCACACAGGAGAGAGACCAUUCCACUGCUCCCAAUGCGGAAAGAGUUUCAGUCUAAUGCAUCACCUAACGACACACCAAAUCAUUCACAGUGGACAGAAACGGAAAUGAUGCUACCAGUGUAGCUUUCAGUUGGUCAGGCUUAAAGAUCCACCAGUUCUAAAUAAGAAUAAAGAAGUGGAACUUGUAUCAUGAGACACAAAUGGAUUUGACAUAACCAGCACUUAACUAACAACCGGCCACUUCAACAAACUAGUAAUGAAAUCACAUUGUAAGGAAAUCAGAUACUCUAGUAAACGUGAAACCAAUGGAGUGGUCUGUUCUCUGCAGACCUAUGGAGAUCUAAUCUUUGUAAAUAUGUGGAUCCCAACCAGCGUCUUGGUCAUCGUAACACAGCUCCAGUACACAUUUCACUAUAAAUCAACAAAAUACAGACAAGCUUUAGAAAGGAUUUGCACUUCCUCAUUCAGUCCAUUGUUACACAACUGAUGGUUGUCUUUUAAUUUGGGAUUUAAAGAGCAGUUGGACUGUGAUGAUUCAGACAUAAGCUGUAUGUGUUCCAUCGCCAAACUUGACUCUGUUGUCCAUAGAUACCGUUGAAGACACUUGAAUCUUUGGUUAUUUUGUUCCACAAAUAGGGCUAAGUAUUGCCACACAGGUCGGGAAAUCAAGUUAUUUGAAUGGACGAGUGCGACUGCCUGUGGAAACGGUUUUAACACUUCGUGGAGAUUCUGCGUGACUACGUGUCGUGUGUUCUGUCCCCGUAUGUCGACAUGUCGUGUGUUCUGUCCCCGUAUGUCGACAUGUCGUGUGUUCUGUCCCCGUAUGUCGACAUGUCGUGUGUUCUGUCCCCGUAUGUCGACAUGUCGUGUGUUCUGUCCCCGUAUG